AUGAUCGACGACGUCGACGAUUGGAUUUCUAACAUGAGCGAGGCCCUGGAGAAUUUUGACUCUCUGGACAAUGAACACCACAAGGCAGAGUCGGCACAUGUCUCACCUGACCACGCGUCCAAGAAUCAGGUUGAGACUGUCUUCCUCAGGAGGUUCUGCGAAGUGAUCGAGUCUUGCGACUCCUUGGUGCCUGAUCUGGAGAUCAAGGGAUACUGCGUCUUGGACGAUGCGUUCCAGCCGGAAUUCCUCCGACACAUCGUUGACGAGAUCGACAUGCUCCGGGACUGCUGCACGAUGGAGGCUUCGCCCAACAUGCUCAAGGGGAGGGAUGGGGAGGACUUGGUCUUGAUCAAGGAGGGUGUGCUGGAGAAGAGCAUCGUGGUUCAGGACGAGCUGAUCAUGGGGGAGGGGGCGUUGAGCUUCAUUCCAAACCUCAGACGCCUCUGCGAGUGCAGGUCACAGAUGGUGUCGGUGCUGCAGUCAAAGGGGGGCAUCCUCUCCAACGUAACAGCUCUGGAUCAAGCAAAGGUGACUUACAUCAGCAAGAAUGGCGCCUUUCCUGUACAUGUCGACGCGCACCCUGUUUAUGAUCGCAUGCUCACCAUCACGCUCUAUCUGAACGAAGGAUACCAGGAUGAAGAUGCCGGAGAGUUGCGCUUAUUCCCUUUGCCAUACCAGCCAUUUGAUGUGAAACCCAAGUUUGGACGGAUCGUUUUGUUCUCUUCCAUUCACAUGUACCAUAGAGUCAUGCCCAGUCAAGGGGAAGGCAGAUACACCCUGGCUCUGUGGUUCACUGGAACAGACAAUUCGUUUCCCAAGUGCUGCUUCGAUCCUACAGAUCCUCGUUCAGAAGGUUUUGAGCAGCACGUCUUUGCAAACCGAGACUCUCUUCCUUUUCUGGUCUAUUAUGAAGAAUGCAAGAGAUCGAUCUUGGAGUCUUUUGACGGCAACGACCAGGACAAGCUUGAAAGCGCCCUGGCAGCUUUUGAGAAGAAAGUUGAGGACUACAAAAGAAGGCUUGGCGACUCUCUGUUGAAGCAGCUUGAAGAGUUUCCACUCUUGCACAAAUUGGGAUGA